UCUCCCAGAAAAGCAAUUACGUCAAAAAUGAAGGCGGCAGCUCCGGCCGGUAAAUUUUUUGGGAAAAUAGAAAAUUGCGCGCCUUGUAACCCUCUAUUUGCCUUUGUGACGCCCUUCUCAAACAAUAAAUUGUUGAUAUAAAGGAUUUGGAACCCUAUUCACUACAAUUUAGUUUCAUUACUUGAUAGAGGAUUCCAAAUCGCAAAUCUGCAGAAAUGGCUGAACCAAGACGCGCCAAAUCUGCAUUACGCGUGAAUGGUGGUAGUCGAGUUGGGUGGAAUGGUAUGCCUCAUUCCAGCCCCGUAACGGCGGACCGCACACGCCGGUGCUGGGCUGACAGAGAGGAGAGGUAUCUACUCGCAACGCUGAAGGAACUGGUCAGUCACGGAUGGAAGUCUGAUAACGGGUUUAGAUGGGGUUAUCUCUUCAAACUCGAGGAGGCCAUGCGCCGGGAGUUUCCAACCUGUGGACUGAGGGCUAAUCCGCAUAUACAGUCCAAAAUUCAUACCUGGAAGAAGAAUUACGGGGCUGUGGCCCAACUGUUGGAUAAGAGUGGUGUUGGAUUCAAUAUCAACGGCGAUAACAAUAUAGACUGUGACGAGUAUGUUUGGGCUGAGAUAAUCAAGGCUGAUCCAAGUGCUCGGGGCGAUACGUAACAAAUCAUGGCCGUACUAUGAGGACUGGAAAAUUGUGUUCGGGAAAGAUCGAGCGACUGGAGUUGGGGCAACGGACACUGAGCGGGCAAACUCCAUGUAUGCUCCUAACAUUGACGGUGGGAACAUAGGAAGCGGCUACGGGUCCAACUACGAGGGUGAUGAACCGUAUGAGGAAGUUGGGGGGAACGAACGUUCCACUCCCAAUGGAGCACCCGACAACAUCCAUUAUUCAUCUCCUGUUGGGUCGGACUCGGGCAAGGCUAGCAAAAAACGAGUACAGGGUGAUGCUCUCGAUGUGAUAGUUGAUGUGCUCACCAAAAUGCAUGAGGACACAAACGCUAGGCUCGAAUACUUGGCCACUCGUAUUGGGUACGAGUUUGAUGUCACAAAGGCUCGUAAGGAACUCUUUGUUCUGAUCUCGGCCAUUCCAGAACUCACACUUUCGCAAGUGUUCAAGGCAUCUGAUGCGAUCCUCGCUAAGGGAGAGCGACUUGAAUACUUCAUGAGCUUACCCGAGAGUCCGCGUCACGCGUACGUAUGGCAUGCUUUGGAGAACUACGUAGGCAACUGAU